UGAUCAAACCUGUCAGAUCAGUGAUCUCUCUGCUUGAGGUGAUUACUACAACCUGCAGUAAAAAGGAAAGGCCUGGCCUUAGUGCUAAUUAGGUCACUGAGAUCCUCCUGCUUGCUUAUAAAGACCUGACAGGGACAAGAGAGGACAGUCACUCGGCUUCCUCUCCACAGCUUGGGAUCCUACUUUAGUGGACGUACUGGGAUUGAGAAUGCCACAUUUAACUGACUGUAGUUUCUACAAGAUGAGAGACGGAGCUCGAGUUUCCAAUGUUCAAAAUCACCUGGAGAACUCCAAAUACCACCUCCACCAGACUCAGGCCCAGCAGGUCAAGCAGUACCUAACUUUGGGCAGCAAGCUUGCUAGCCAGUCCCACCCGGUCGCCCAUCCUCACCCGGGCCAGGCCCUGGGAACGGUACCCAUCAUGCGCAAUGGACACAUGCCGCUCGUGAGUGACAGCAGCUUGCCAGAAAGCCCUGUCACCCUGCUCACGCUGGCCAACAAUCACGACAGCGAGUUUCCAAUGGAUGAAGUUAUUGAUGAUCUUAUUAGCCUUGAAACCGGGUUCAAAGAUGGGGGUUUGGAUUGUAUGGAGCCAGACAACAUAAUGCAAAAUAAUGUGUCCCUGAAUAACAGCAUGCUGGAGGUGUACGGCGGUGACCAAGGUAUGACUGCCCCUCACGGUGGACUGACACCCUCAUUGCCCACAAAGCUCUCAGUUAAAAUGGAAGUCACAGAACAUGACACCAGAGUCAUGGCCAAAGAAAGACAGAAAAAAGACAACCACAAUCUAAUUGAAAGACGACGGCGAUACAACAUCAACUACAGGAUCAAGGAGCUCGGAACGCUGAUACCGAAGUCAAACGACCCUGAUAUGCGCUGGAACAAAGGGACGAUCCUCAAGGCCUCGGUGGAAUACAUUAAGUGGCUGCAGAAAGAGCAGCAGCACGCCCGUGAUCUCGAGAGCCGACAGAAGAAACUCGAACAGGCCAACAGAAGACUCCUGCUAAGAAUCCAGGAACUGGAAAUCCAGGCUCGUGCUCAUGGUUUACCCAGUGUGGCUGCUUCAAUGGGAGCUGCUGAACUUUCAUCCCAUCUCCUAAAGCAACAACAGCAGCUGGUCACACCGACCCCUCCGAGCACCCAGGCGGGCCAGCCACCCGUCUACCCUCAGGAGGACAUGAGCAACCCAGAAUACACCCAGCGGACACCCUUACCUGCGGCUAUGGUUGCGGGGAACGCUGGAGAACAGACCGACGGCUCCAACACCUACUCCGAUCCUCUCUCCCACUUCACAGACUUCUUCUGCAGCACCUUGAAAGAAGAGCACCGGCUGGAUAAGAUCCUGAUGGACGACCCUCUCUCGCCCUUCGGGACUGACCCGCUCCUGUCCGCCGGAUCGCCCACCGCAUCCAAAGGGAGCAGCUGCAGGAGCAGCUUCAGCUCAGAGGAAGCAGACGAGCUCUGACCGUCCAGAUGCUGACCUGUAACACUGUGUAACUGACCUCCCGUUUCAAGUACGACGAGAAUCUUACUCCAAUGUUGAGUCAGACACAUCAAAAAAGGGAGAUUGACUGAUUGGUCCACUGACACUGACCUAAAAGACUGUCUAUACAGCAAUAACACUGGUUAAUCUAUGAUGACUGGAUCACAAAAUGUAUAUUUCUGAAACAUAAUGACAUUGUUGAUACGGACUACUUUAGAGAGAGAUCUUUUUGUGCCUUAUUCAGAGCAGAAGAGAUCAGACAAGAAGCAAUGCAGUCGUUAUUAUGCUAUGCAAAAAACCCUAACGCAUCUUUCUAUGUUUCAUACACUGUAUUUUUCCAGAAACAUACUGUUCAUGUAUUUAUGGUUUAAUCCCUGUAUUCUUAAAAAAAAUGUUGUUACUUUUUAUAUAUAACUCCAGGGGUGUGGGAAACACAAUAAACCCCUUUUUCAU